AUGCGCAACUUCCCACGCAAUUACGAAGUCAAAGCGCUGGUCGUGGAGGCCGGCAUGAACGCGGCCGAGUGGACUGUUGCGGCCUCGACGUUCCGCCAGUCGUUUCUGUCCAAGCCGUCCGAGUAUUUUGAAGACCAGGCAGAGCUACUGGCAUUUGGACGGGACAUGGACGAUGUCAAGCGCCACAAUUCGUUUAUUUUUUAUCCUUUUUUUCUGGACUUUGCCAAGGCAAAUCGGUACUUGCCGACGGCUGAAGAUGAUGCAAACGCCCUAUCGCUUCAGCAGCUGACGGAUUUGCGCUUGCCGCAUGAGAUGUACCCGUUUGCAACAGCAAUGAAGCGGAAGAUUGUGUACCAUGAAGGACCGACAAAUAGUGGAAAGACGUACGAAGCGCUCGAGCGGCUGAAACGAGCGGGAGAAGACGGCGGGAUCUACUGUGGCCCGUUGCGGCUCCUGGCUCUUGAAAUUUUUGAACGGCUGAACAAUGACGGGCUGUAUACGUCACUUGUGACUGGACAGGAGAAGAAAAUCAUGCCGCACUCGACCCACGUGGCGUGCACUGUGGAGAUGGCAAACAUCAAUCGGCCGUGGGAUGUCGCUGUGAUUGAUGAGAUCCAGUUGAUUGGAGAUCCACAACGUGGGUGGGCGUGGACGCGUGCGCUUUUUGGACUGCAAGCCAACGAGAUCCACGUGUGUGGGUCAGGUGAAGCUGUCCACCUCGUCAAGAAGUUUGCCGAGACUUCAGGCGACGAGUUUGAGCUGCGUUCGUACGAGCGCCGUUCGCCGCUAGAGAUUUCGCCAACGCAUUUGGACAGUUAUAGCGAGAUUCGUCCUGGAGACUGUGUCGUGGCGUUUUCACGUCGUGAUAUCUUCCAGAUCAAGCGUGACAUUGAGAUCAAGACUGGGGAAAAGUGCUGCAUCAUCUACGGCCAGCUACCCCCUGAGACGCGGUCUCAGCAAGCCCGUUUGUUCAAUGAACGUGGCAAUGAUUACAACAUUCUGGUCGCUUCGGACGCAAUCGGAAUGGGACUGAACUUGAACAUCAAGCGCAUUGUGUUUGCGACCGUGAAGAAGUAUUCAGGCAACAGCGGCGGCAUGAUUGACAUUUCACCUUCUCUAGCGAAACAGAUUGCUGGACGAGCAGGUCGGUACGGCAGUGACUAUGCGACUGGUGAGGCGACGUGUCUGCUGAAAGAAGAUUUGGAGUACCUGAGAGAGUCGUACUCUGAAGUGCCCACGCCGCUCACGUCUGCAGGUUUGUUUCCGUCUUCCGAUCAGAUGGAAGAGUUUGCCAAGCAGUUGCCGGGAAUCGGAGAUCUCGCUGACCUCGUGGACAAGUACGUGAUGUUGGCGCGUCUGGACGGUGACUACUUUAUGUGCAAUCACCAGGACAUGAAAGAUGCCGCAACGCUGCUGCGCGACGCAGAGUUGUCGCUAUCUGAUCGGUUUACAUUCUGCAUGGCUCCUGUGAGCUUGCGAAAUGCAUUAGCCCGGAAGGUUUUCCUCGAGUACGCCCGCGCUCACUCGUUGGGGCAGAGCGUCAAGCUGGAUAUCUACUUACCAAAGUACCCACCCCGCACUGCUGAGGCGCUGGGUGACGUUGAGAUCAAGGCCAAGAUCAUUGACUUGUACUUGUGGUUGUCUUUCCGCUUCAGCGACACUUUUGUCGAAAACGAUUUGGCGCUCGAGUUAAAGACACGCGUGCUGGAGCUUGUGGAGCUAGGGCUUGUGAACACGACCUACAGUCGCGAUGAGAUAAAAACGCGGUGGUCUCCCGGUGUCGCCAACGCUCCUCAACGCGGUCCGUUUGACAGGUCCCGGUUCCAAAGAAAGCAGCAAAACGGUAGCCGUGAUCCUCAGCGAAACAACUGGAAAAACGGUCAGCUGGAACGACGUACACCCGAGUCGACAGCAUCUGUGAAGACAGCGGGUGCGAAGGCUGAUGACAAAGCGACUGAACUUGGUGGUCAAAGUGGUUGUGGCGGUGAGGCUGAUGGUGGUAAGAAGUCGUGGAUUGCACGAUUGUUCGGCAGCUGGAUAUCGUAA